AUGCCCGUGUCGUGUUUGAAGGCCGACCACGCGUACGGCAACGCAACCGAGUACCGGUUUCUGAAGAACCAGAAAACGAAUGUCACAUCUGAAUGA